UUCUUCCUGUGGCGUACGUUGAAGCCAACGCAUAUUCUGAUCAGUAACACAACAAGGAAAUUAAAAUGAGCAGUUUUGAUACAGCAAAUCUGUCGGUAGAAGCAAAUGUUCAAGAACUGGCGAGGAGUAAUCCAUUAAAGAUCCCUGAGAAGUUCUUUUUAAAGAAUAUAGAUGAACAGGACAUGCCUGAGAGUACUUUAGCAAAUACUUCUCAUGAUUUUUCGUUUGAUGAUAUCCCCAUCAUCGAUUUCUCCCUGCUCUCAAGUGGGCACGAGGAGGAGCUUAAAAAACUGGAUCUGGCUUGCAAGGAAUGGGGAUUCUUCCAGUUAGUAAAUCAUGGAGUUGCAGGAGAAGUGUUGCAGGGUAUGAAGGAUGGUUCUGCAAAGUUCUUUGAACUUCCUUUAGAAGAGAAGAACAAAAUUUCCAUAUUAGCAGCUAAAGGCACACGUGAAGGCUAUGGGCAAGCCCAUGUGGCUACUGAGGAGCAGACACUCGACUGGUCCGACGCUCUGCUUCUCAAAGUUUACCCAUUCCAGAUUAGGAAGCUUGAGAAUUGGCCAACCACACCAAAGGGAUACAAGGAGGCUAUUGAGGCGUAUGCUAGUGAAGUUAAAAGAAUUGGAGAGGAGAUCAUAAGAUCUUUGUCUUUAACUAUGGGGAUGGAGAAGGAUGUUCUUCUUGGACUGCAUCAAGAUUUGAGGGCAACAUUGCGAGUAAACUACAUUCCUCCAUGUUCCAUGCCUGAUAAGGUAUUAGGUCUAAGUGCACAUGCGGAUGCAGGCACCAUUACUGUACUCAUGCAACAAGAUGAUAUUAUCGGAUUACAGAUUCGAAAACAAGGACAUUGGGUAUCAGUCCAGCCAAUUCCAAACUCUUUCGUUGUGAAUGUGGGAGAUGCUCUUGAGAUGUGGAGUAACGGGAAGUACGAAAGCAUUGAACACAGAGCAGUGACGAACAAAAGCAAGGCAAGGAUGUCAUUUGCUACGUUUAUCCUUCCACAUGUUGAUGUAGAGAUUGAACCGUUCGAUCAUAUACUAGAGUCAACGGGGAUGAUUCAGAAGUACAAGAAGGUCAAAUAUGGAGAUUACUUGAUUCAAAGCCUCAAGAGGAAAAUGGAGGGGAAGGAACACACUCAAAAUGCAAAACUAGGAAACACUUAAGUAUGGUUAAUUAACUAUGCAUUUCAUUUUUUUUGAAAGGAAUAACUAUGCAUUUCAUUUACUAUAACGUAAGUGAAAAUAAUUCGACAUUCCUACUUGCGUGAUUUUGAGUGGCCCUUCUGGUCAAUGACGUGUAUUACAGUGUGAUUGUGUACUUGUAUUGUAUUCAGAUUUUAUUGCUUUAGCCUCUAGGCCUGGGGACUAUAUAUAUAAUCCCACCGAGAUCGGGUGUUGUUUGUUAAAUGUUAAUUGUUAUUAUUAUUAUAUUAUUUUAAGGAAUAAUAAUUAGCAUUUCCUCUCGUGAUGCAAGUUGACUAGAA